AUGGCAGUGUUUCCGUUCAACUUGAAAUGCUCUGCUAUCAUUCUAAUGAUAGCAUCAUUUCUGGCUGCUGUCGCUUUUGCUGUUGGUCAUGACACCUUCUAUCAGAGUCUGAAUGGGAAACCUGUGCUGAAUACUCAACCACUCACUUUAUUGAAAUCUACUCUGAAUCUAUCCGACCAGCAAGUUAAUAUUUCCCUUGGCACUCUCUUUGCCUUCCUCGUGAAAAGUUAUUUAGGAGUGUCGGUGUCGACGACCUUUGAUCAAUUUGCUUGGAAGUCCAUUCAAGGCGCAAGAACUCGAAUCGGCAUCAUCGACGAUCUACUCUCAGUUCUCAAGAAUGGCUUCACAGUUGUCAAUCCACAUCUAUGGAGGCGUUCUCCGAUCAGCAUGACCCUUGCUGUAAUUUGUUGGCUUCUUCCCGUGGCAUCCAUCAUAUCGCCCGCAACUUUAAGCGUGCAUUUGGUUUCCUUCAAUGAGUAUGCGUUGAAACGCAUCCCUCGUGUCGAUUUUACAAGCGCAAAUUUUGCCAAUUUUGCUUCCAUCAUAACCACUGGUCCAACAGGACAGAAUGUGUGGCUUAGUAUGUACAGGAGCCCUACACCAGAAACUCAAAGGGUGGUCAAUAGUGUUGCGACACAAGGCGCCAUCUUGCCAAUAGAGCCCCCAGCUGUCAACUCAUCGUGGUCAGUGGAGCUUUACGGUCCUGCUAUUGUCUGUGACAAAGUGAACCAGGCCCUUACCACUCAAAUCACUCAAAAUGUGAUUCAAGCUAUCAACGGAUCCCAGAGGCUUGAACCGGGGAAAGGGGCACGCUUCACAAGGUACGAAUAUCUUUCCCGGGCACCAGACUCAGACAAUCCAAUAGAUUCCGCUCCUUUUUAUCAGCAAAAUGGGAGUGGUCCGUUCAUCCAGCGGUCGAAUCAGCUUGGCCCCCAGCCCAGGAACCCAGAGAAUGGGAGCGCAGUGUUUUCGACUCAAACAAAGCCUCUCGUUGACGGGUCACCUCUAUCUCUGUUUGUUGCCAUCUUUCCGCAUGCUGUGGACUACCACGAGUAUGACGAAGCUCUGGAGAACAUGGACAAAGCUGUCCGGAAUUCAACGAUUCUACAAUGUAUGCUUCACAACGCGUCAUACCAGGCCAAUCUUACCUACGUCAAUGGAGAACAGACAGUCCAGGUGACAAACCAAAAAGUUCUCAAUGGUAUUGUUUACAUUACUGGUGUUAGCAACGUCGAGAAGGGUCUAUCGCCUUCGGAUCCUUCGUUUGUGGGCAACGCACAGGUCAUGGAGUCUCUGUCUUAUCAGUCCAUAAUGGACGCAUUUGGGGGUCUUGUAUUUGGAUCAAUCAGUACCGAGAUUGGCUCCUUAAUAAUUGAAAAAACCGGUGCACACAAGAGCGCAUCAUACACACAGAAACCAACCACCAAUAUCAUAUCAACCACAUUGAUGGAAACAGAAGAGAUGAGAUUCAUCCAGGCCAUCACAAGCUCGGAGCCUGACAAUUCAUUCUUCAAUUACUGGCACGAGAAGUCUGUUAGCUCGUCAAAUGAUUCUUCUCCUCCAUUAUCAAAAGCCCUUGAAGAACUUUUCCGGAAUAUCACGUUUUCGUUCAUGAGCUCCAAUAUGUUCCAGCCCAACUACACAGUCAAGGCAGUGCCGGACACGAAUGUGACCAUCACCCCUUACCGCAGCAUCUACAUCUACACCCGAUCGAUUCUCUGGGCCGCCUACGGCACCGCCCUCAGCAUCACUGCGCUUAGUGUCAUUGCAGGCAUCUUGGUUUAUUUCUCAAACGAUGGGUCUUAUAGCAGUAAAUUCUCAACAAUAUUUCGGGUCACCCAGGGCGCCGUGGUAUCUACAAACCUCAGCAUGAAAGACUACAGCGGCCUUGACCCGCUCCCGGACCACAUUGCGAACGCGAAGAUGACAAUCGGCUAUGACCCAGACUAUCCUGCCAGGGCGUUGUCUAUGGCGGCUUUGGGCCAACUUCAUCGAGAAUCAACGGCUUCUAGUCAACUACUCGAGACCCCAUCGGAUGAAGAUUUUCAUAAUGAUAGCAACCAAAGAAGGAGCAACACCGUUUGA